GGGCCGGCGGCGCCGGCCAAGAUGGCGGACGGGGCGCUGAGCCCCGGCGUGAACCUGGAGGCGUUUUCCCAGGCCAUCGCCGCCAUCCAGGCGCUGCGCUCCAGCGUCACCAGGGUCUUCGACUGCCUCAAGGAUGGGAUGCGCAACAAGGAGACCCUGGAGGGCCGCGAGAAGGGCUUCGUGGCCGCCUUCCAGGAGAGCCUGCACUCCGUCAGCCGGGACCUGGGGGAACUGGAGCGUCUGAGCAACCUGGUUGGGAAACCCUCAGAGAACCAUCCCCUGCACAACAGUGGGCUCCUGAGCCUGGACCCUGUGCAGGACAAAACCCCCCUCUACAGCCAGCUUCUCCAGGCCUACAAAUGGUCCAACAAGUUGCAGUACCAUGCUGGGCUGGCAUCUGGCCUUUUGAAUCAGCAGUCUCUGAAACGUUCAGCCAACCAGAUGGGAGUCUCUGCAAAGAGAAGACCAAAAGCCCAGCCAACAACUCUUGUCCUGCCUCCUCAAUACGUUGAUGAUGUGAUCAGUCGCAUUGACAGGAUGUUCCCUGAAAUGUCCAUCCAGCUCUCCCGGCCAAAUGGAACCUCUGCAAUGCUUCUGACACCAUUGACUCGACCUGAGCUCAGUUUUGUCCUUGUCUGUUGCUCCCAGGUGACCUUGGGGAAGGUGCUGAAAGUGAUCGUGGUGAUGCGGAGCCUCUUCAUCGACCGCACCAUCGUCAAGGGCUACAGCGAGAACGUCUACACCGAGGAUGGCAAGCUUGAUAUAUGGUCUAAAUCCAACUAUCAAGUUUUUCAGAAGGUGACAGAUCAUGCAACCACUGCCCUGCUGCACUACCAGCUGCCCCAGAUGCCAGAUGUGGUGGUCAGGUCUUUCAUGACCUGGCUGAGGAGUUACAUAAAGCUGUUCCAGGCUCCGUGCCAGCGCUGCGGGAAGUUCCUGCAGGACGGGCUGCCACCCACCUGGAGGGACUUCCGAACCCUGGAGGCUUUCCACGACACCUGCAGGCAGUAGGAGCCACCCUGCCCCUCCAGGAGCCAGGACAGCCCUGGUGGCUGCACUUCUGAACCUCCCUGCCCUGAGCAGUGGGGUUGCACUGGAAGGUUUGACCUGGAGCAGCCAUCGAGGCAAACGUGAGACUGAGACAAUUGUGAUGUGAAAUGAUCCUGCCUGAGAAGAUCUGGCAGUAAUUAUCAUUACUCUAAUGAAAAUUUCCAUUGUACAGUUUAUGUUUUGAGAGAGAAUUUGCAAUGCUGAGGACUUUUAUAAGCUUGGAAUAAAUUUUGUAUUCUCAGAA